GGUUGAGUGCGUGCGUCUUUAGAUGUCCCAGCUUUGCGUGGAAGACGUGAAUGCAACAAAAGUUUAGUGCUGUGAGUUCUGACAUCUUGGCUAAUGGAGGAAAAACAAGGCAGCCCGUGCACAAAUUUUACCCCUGAUCCAGGGGGGGCAGAAACAACACACCAUGGCCCCUGUGACCAAAGCCCUGAGGAAAUUAUCAGCAGACAGAUGAGUGAACCGGGGAGAUUUGCCUAUGCUGGACUGUGUGGCGUCUCGCUGGGACAGUUGUUUACUGGCAACGAAAAUAGUGCGUUCAGGAGCCAGUACCUGCAGGGCUUGGUCCGUUGGCUAGACUUGGACGAGUCUGUGAUGCCCGUUAUGGGGGCCUUCCUGUCUGGUGUGGGCUUUGAGGGCACAGACACCUUCAUGUCUAUUCUGCAGGCUGAACCUCUGAUGGCUGCAGGCGCCUUCCCCAUCAUACAGGACCUGGUAUCUUUCUCUGUCAAAGAAGGCCAGUAUGAUGCCAGAGCAAGGGUGCUCAUCCGUCACGUCAGCUGUCUGCUUAGAGUGUCUUUACAACAGCUGGAAGAGUUUGAGGAAACCCUUGGAGAGAGGCUGAGGGAAGGAGGAGAGGAGACCGAAGAGGAGUCCUCCCGGCGUCUAAGGAGAGAAAGAGGACGAAAAUUACGGCGUUACCUCCUUAUUGGAUUAGCAACAGUUGGUGGAGGGACUGUGAUUGGUCUUACUGGUGGGCUGGCGGCCCCCUUGGUGGCAGCAGGGGCCGGCGCUGUGCUCGGGGCCGGAGGGGCUGCAGUUCUGGGUUCAGCCACUGGCAUUGCAAUCAUGGCCUCCCUGUUUGGGGCAGCCGGGGCAGGACUGACCGGUUAUAAGAUGAAUAAGUGUGUGGGAGCAAUAGAGGAGUUUGAAUUCCUGCCACUAAGCUCUGGAAAGCGUCUUCACCUCACCAUAGCAGUGACAGGGUGGCUCUGCAGUGGUAAAUACAACUCCUUCCAGGCCCCGUGGUGCAGCCUCGGGGAUUGUGGGGAGCAGUACUGCCUGGUGUGGGAGUCACGUUUCCUCAGGGACCUGGGCUCAGCUAUGACCUCGCUUUUGGACGGAUUGGUCAGCAUGGUGGCCCAGGAGGCCCUAAAGUACACGGUGCUCUCAGGUAUCGUGACAGCUCUGACGUGGCCCGCCUCCUUGCUGGCUGCUGCCAGUGUCAUCGACCAUCCCUGGUGUGUCUGCCUGAACCGCUCCGCUGAGGUGGGGAAGCACCUGGCCCAGGUUCUGAGGAGCAGACAGCAGGGGAAGCGCCCUGUCAGUCUGAUUGGUUUCAGUCUCGGGGCCAGAGUCAUCUACUUCUGUCUUCAGGAGCUUGCAAAUGAUCAAGGGAGUGAAGGCGUCGUGGAGGAUGUGGUCCUUCUGGGGGCCCCCGUGGAUGGCUCAGAGAAGGCUUGGGAGAGAAUUACCCGGGUGGUGGCUGGAAAAAUAGUCAAUGGGUACUGCAGAGGGGAUUGGCUACUGGGGUUCUUGUACCGGAGCUCAGCUGCACAGCUGUGCGUUGCCGGGCUACAGCCAAUCAGCAUCGCUGAUCGCCGUGUUAUCAACGUAGACCUCUCCUCCGUGGUAAAAGGUCACCUAGACUACAUGCGUCAAAUGGACACCAUCUUGGUGGCAGUAGGCGUUCCCACCAAAGAAGUCCCCGGAGCUUCUUUUGCACUCCCUCAACCUGUAACCAUUACAGAGGCCUCGGUGGACACGUCUGACCAAACCCAAAAUCCAUUCAAGGGUGUCGGUGAGGAGACGGCGGAGACUGGCGACGGCUGGGACAUUCCUGAUAUCUCAGACCUAUUGGACUCUCUUCAAAGUGAUGAGUCCAGAAGUCCACCUAGAGCCAAGAACAAUAUAGCACUCUCCUCACAGGAGAGCAACGCUAACUCUGGACCUGCUGCUUUUAAUGAUAGUGAAGAGGCAGAUAAUGACGCUGUUUUGUGGAGCUGGGACGAUGCACACUGGACUACAGAGCACAGGGGGCCGAACAUGUGAGGAGGCUGUGACUGGACCAGCUGCCUACUUCCUUUUUUUUUUAGAAUCCAACAUUUGUUGGAGAAGAUGUGAAUUUUAGCCUGGUCUCAUUACAGUUGAGUAUGAUUCCAUAGGAAAAUCAAGGCACUGAGCAGCAGCAUGGCUAAGGUGGAUUAGCAGUUUGUAGCUCUAUGGCCAUUGGUAAUGUUGAACUUCACUGGUGCCCAGUGCCACUGGAGAUCAUCAGCUACAGUUAGGUCCUAAGGUGCACCAAGUAAUAAUAAUAAUAACUUAAUACACUAGGUCCCCAACUAACAAACACAAUUGGUUCCAGACGACCGUUCGCAAGUUGAUUUGUUCGUAAGUCCAACAAAAGGUAAUAUUACCAAUGAUAUAGGUACUACAUGUACGUGUAUACAUAUACAGUAUAUGUGUAUGUAUGUAAAUAUGAGUUUGGAUGCAAUAGUAAUAUUAAACAAGGAUAAUUAAUGAAAAUUAAUAAUAAUAAAAAUGAUAUAAUAAUACGUAAUGAUAAAUGUUAUUUACCUUUGAAGAGGAGUGGUCGAGCAUACGUCGUUGUGGUGGAGUUGGAGGAGGAGUUAUUGAAAAAAGGACAAAUGGUCGUCGUCGUUAGACUCUUCUAAAAGAGGUAGUGUUCUGUGGGUGGUGUAGAAUUAAGCAGGCCUGUUAACUCUUCAUGAACUUUAAUCACACGCUCUGUCCGGGUUGCAUCGUACAGCUACAAUUUAGCUUUCCAUUUCUCCUUUACACUCUUUCCACACCUUCUUCCUCUACCUGUUGGUCCCAUUAGCAGUGUCACAGUGCCCUCUACUGGUCAAGCAUGUAGCAGUAUAAAUAUUGAGUUACUACAAGGCAAAAUAAAUGAAAAUAUAGACCAGCCAGCUUGCGUUCGUAUCUCCGAAUGUUCGCAAGUUGGGGACCUAUUGUAGUGCAUUUUCAAGGGACACAAAGAUGAAUUCAAGUAGACAUGCAGGACUCGAGGUGCAAGUUGGAGAGCUGCAGUGGAACAAAAAACAAAAAAAAUGGGGGAAUCCCACUAUGGGCCACAACUGCUAUCCCGUAUGCACUGCCAUGCAAGUAAGUCAUUCCUGUUGUCAAUGAAGUGUGUAGUUAACCACUUAAACAUAGUUUGUAGACUAAUGACAAUUCACUAUUAAUUCAUGUUUUAGUUUUUUUAGUUUUAGGCUUAUAACUGUGUACAGUAAUCACUCGCUGUUCACGGAUAAUGACUUCCAGACUUGACCGUAAUAAGUGAAUUUCCGCAAAGUAGGAUUCCUUCUUUAUAAAUGGAAUAUUUUCAUAGUUAGACAAUAGAAAACCGGUUUAGGAUCUUCUAAAUACAGUUUUUAAUUAGAGCCCUCUAGACAUGAAAUAACACCCCUAUAGUCACCUUUACACUCGUAUUACUCAAUAUCGUAUAUAUAAUAAGAGUAAAUAAGCCAUCUAGGACACAAAUAAGACUCAUGCUAGUGUGUAUUGAUAUAACUGUGUUCCCUAGGGGAAGACAGUGUCGGGUAGACAGGAAGUGAUGUUGGGGGUUCAGAGUUGAGUUUUAGGGUAAAGGCCACAAUAGUAGCUUGUGUUUUUAUUGGGGAUUAUUGUGCCUGAGAUUAUUCAAACCUGCAAUAAAAAACUGCAAUCAAGUCUGGUGUUUGUGUAUCCCUGAACAUUACAGUAACAUUACUGACACCUAGUGACCAAUGUAGAGUACUACAUAUCAUUCACACUGUCUUUCAGUGCAUCUUAUGAGUGCCAUAUUUGUAUUGUAGUUCAUUUAGCC